AAUAUUAAAAGCAAUAAAGUUUCUUUCUGAUCCUGAACAUAAACAUGGACUCUUGCUACAGAGAUAGAAUAUAUUUAUUACUAUUAUGUAUUAAAUGUGUUAGUCACUUUAUAUUGCCCAGGGCAACCCAAAGCAACUUACCACCAAACAUACAAUAAACCGCACAUAGGUACAUUAAAACCAAGGGGAAAGAGGAAUACAUUUUUCAAAUCCCACUCACUUCUAAAAGGCCACAGAUAGUUAAAGGCCAAAGUAUCAGUAUGGCUGCUAAAUCUGGAGAUCAGCCAGAAAUCAAGGUUGUAGGGCACUGGUUAAUUGAAACAGUGUCUGAGCAGUCAUUUCUAUAGGUAGUGCUGAAGCAAAAGCAUGUAUUUGUUAUUAGACUGUUACAAAAUAGUUUGUGCUGUUGUCUAUUACUUCAGCUAUUUCACACCAAUAGUUCAGUGAAAGUAUUACCAUUGGCUGCACCAUUUUUAGGAUAGUGAUUCACAAUUGGUUUGAAAGCUAGUGUGAGGUUAUAGUUAUGUUCUAUGCCUGUUUUAGAACACUGAUUUUAAUAAUGAGGUAUUUAAAAGUAGCUUGAGUAUACAUAAAGAUAGGAGAAGGUGUUGCUGUUUCAGUGCUUACUAGGUUUCUGUCAGUGGUCUUAUGUGGACAAGCUGACGAGAUGAAUCCAAGCAAAGCUGUUCUAACAAUGGCUAGCAGGCUUGUACUCUUUUUAGGAGGGGUAAAGGAUAAUAGGGGGGUUAUCUCCUCUAGGCACCCAAAAUUACAGUCUUGGGCUGCUAUUGGGUCUUCUAAGCAUUUGAAAGGAGAUCUAGGGGAAGUCAGAAAAUUGCAGACCAGCUAGCCUAGCUUCUGUCCAGAUGAAUUGAUGGAAACCAUUAUUAAAGAUGUAAGCAAUCCUUUUGAAGUCCUGCUUCACCAACAUUUUACUGUUCUUUGCCUUCAUCUACAUGCUUACUGACACCCCAAACGGAUAGAUAUUGUAAGUGUUGGCUUCUAAAAAGCUUUUAACAAAGUCCAUAGCCAAAAGCAUUUAUUUAGAACUUAGCAGUCAAGGGAUAUGUGGAUAGGUCCUCUUACGGAUUAGAAACUGGUUAAAGAACAAGAAAGUACUUCUGAUAAUAGAGGGAAGUAAGAAGUGAGGUAUCCCAAGAAUCUUCAUUGGGAUCACUGCUAUUUAUCACGUUCCUAAAUUGUUAGGAGGAGAGCAAUGAGCUGGUCAAGUUUGUAGAAUGGAACCAGAUUAUUCAGGGUGGUGGUAAAACCCAUGGACUGUGAACCACUUCAGAAGGCUCCAAACUGAGUAAGUGGGCAACAGAAUGGCAAGUGGGGUUCACUGUAAGUAAAACAUAAAUUGAUACUUGGGCAAAAAAUUUGAACUUCACUGAUGGAAUCUGAACUGGCAAGGUAAGAAACUUUGGCAUUGUCAUGAAGAUUCUCUGAAAACAUCAACUCAGAACAUAGCUGUCACAGGAAAGACAAAUUUCAUGGUAGGGAUUUUGCUCACCAUUUGUGACUGUUUUUGACAUUGGUUUUAAAAGCUGAAGAAUAUGUUCACGUACUAUUUCAGAAUGAAAUGGGUUUUAGUUUAGCACAAGCUAGCUCUGAACUAACUAGCUUUUGUGCAUUGCUUGUAUGCAGAUCCUUUCAGAAUUACUGUGUUUUUAUUAUUAUUUCUCUUCUUCUCUGCUGUUGAUGCUAUGACAGCGUAUCUGCCCUCCCAUGAAAAUAUUGAAUGGCAAAGUACAAGAGAAACAAAAAAGACUAUUGAACUGAAUUGUACCUAGUGAGUUUCUGUUUACACUAGCUUCUUAAAGACCCAGUUUAUAUAUGACCCAGAUAACAGGAAAGUUCCUUACCUGUGUAAGCAUUUCAAGUAUUUCACGGUCAUAUUUAAAUCCACAUCACAGCAACCCAUAUAUGUUUAAUGUGAGCUAACAUGGUAAUGGCAUGCAUAUGCCCAUGCUGUUGACUGUCGGAAUGCUAUUGGCACAUACACAUGAUCUGGUGCAUGCUUAUUUUAACAUGAGAGAAAUGAAAUGCAUAAUCAAAUGAGUUUUCUGCCCACCCCAAAAUGGCCCAGGUCAGACAUAAAUUGGGCACAGCUGAGGUCUGGCUUGCACCUAAUGCUAGCUGAUCACUAACUAGAGAAUGGGAGAAGGGAAGGAGGGGAUGUACACAUGAUCAUGUCUGCAGGAGCUCCCAGUCUAUCUAUAGUUAAUUGAUUGGGCAUCAUUGUACCUGCAUCAUCCGUGGCACAUACACUAUAGGCAAGACUUUCUGCCUAACUUUGGUAGCACUAUAUCAGGCAGUGUUAUCUAUUUGCUUGGGCUGAAAUGUGAACAGCAGUUUUCAUAGCACACCCAGUGUAGAGCACCUAGGAUGACAUGAUGCAGUUUUUGUCAUCUUCCCUAGAUUGUGCCACAAGUUGCUUAAUUGCUUUGCAGGUAGAACAGCAACAAUAUUUUCAAGAGCUGUUGGGGCUAUUAAUUCAUCUGUUUAUAUUCCAAAUACGAACUUCAAGUCAAGUUAGUUGCUUUUCAUGCUUGUAGGUUUUUGGUGUGGGUUCUCUCUCACUCACUCUUUCACACACGCACAUUUCUUUAUAUGGUUUUCUUGAUUUAAGGAAAUGCAUCUACUUCUAUGCCACACAAAAAAUCUUUCUUUAAUGUGCUUUCUAAAAAUUGCUCUUGGGGAAAAAAAAGCUUAUUUAACUUUUCUUGUUCACUUCUUAUUUUUCAGAGUAUAUGGGGAAAAAAUCCUUAGGACUGUUGAAAAAUUGCAAGUGACAUGAUAAUUUGGCCAGUGCCUCAGAAUGAUGGAUUGCCAGAAGAUUGGAAAUGGUUUGCAAGUGACUGGUAUAGGGGCAUCUGCACUCCACAUGGUGGGGUAUUUGGGAAAAGACUCCAAUUCUGCAGAAGUAACUCCCGAUGGAAGUUGCCCAGCUUGCAAAAAGAAGGGUCUCAUACGAGGUCUAAGAAUAUAUCACCUCAGUUUUGAAGAAUCUAUUUUCUUGUGUGAAAAUCCACAGUGCAUCUACCCUCUGGGAUUUGAACCACUAAGCAGCAUUAUAAUUCCUACUGAUAAAAAGGAUUCUCCAUCUCAGGGCACUUGUAGGAAAAGAAAGUCAUCUGACACAAGCCUGGUAACCUCUGCUGUUCCCCAACACUUAAAACUGACGAGGACUGAUAACUUGAUAGAAAAUGAGAAGGCAUUCAAACCUGAUCUUGCUCCCAAGUGCAAUGGAGAUCAUCUGUUUGGGACUCGGUCAGGGCAGCCUGACUUUCCACAAGCCAGUCAGCCGAACUUUAAUAGUGCAACAGAAUCCGUGGAGCAGCAAAUGGGCAUGAAAAUGGCAGCUCAAGGAAGUUCACCGGAAAUUUUCAGUGUUCAGGCACAGCUUUUGUCAGAUCCUGAAAUUGGUUCAUCAUUGUCUCAAAUUCUGCAUCAAGACAAACCAUCUCGGCCAGAGCCAUUGUGGCUUCAGUGGAAGAAUGUGUACGCUCUCUGCUGGUUAGAUUGCAUUCUGUCAGCCCUAGUGCAUUUAGAAACACUAAAAAUGCUUCUGAGUGGAUCAGUCCUGGAAAACGUAUCUGUAAUCCAGAGCCUAUUUGCAAAAUAUAACGAAGCAACUGCACUUGUGAAUACUUGCCAACGAGGUGAAUGUGUUUCGGAAGUUCCUUUGGAUGUUCUUUCAAGAGCUGAAUCACACUUGAAUGAAAUCAGAAAUACAAUUUUUGUCCAGCUUCAGCCACAGCUUAAAUGUAAAUUAGGUAACAAGGAGAGCCCAGUGUUUGCAUUCCCUCUACUUUUAAAGAAGGAUCCUCAAACAGAAAAACUGUUUCUCCACUCUUAUUCAUGGAAGUUUGAAUGCUCACAGUGUGGCUACCAAGUCAAUGACAGGCGUCAGAAGACAUUGACAACAUUUACAAAUAUCAUCCCAGAAUGGCACCCGCUGAAAGCUGUUCAUACUGGUCCCUGUAAUAACUGUCACCACAAAUCUCAAAGAAGAGAAAUGGUUUUAGAAAAUGUUUCCUCGGUACUUAUGAUGCACUUUGUGGAAGGCUUGCCACGUAAUGAUCUGGAGACCUACUCAUUUCAGUUUCAAGGAGAUUCCUACCAAGUAACAGCUGUUGUUCAGUAUCAGGAGGAGGCAAGACACUUCAUAACAUGGAUCUCGGAUUCAGAUGAAACUUGGCUUGAGUGUGAUGACUUAAAGGGUUCGUACUCUAGAAGACACAAGAUCUUUGGCGUUCCCCCUUCAGAGAUUCACAUCGUCAUCUGGGAAAGAAAAUCGCCACGAUUGACAAAUGGUCAGGAUUCGCAGCUAGAAAGUGAAGUGGCUACGAAUGUUCCUUUGCUAAAAGCACAGCCAGAUUCUCCAUUUAAAUAUGCUGAUUGCAAGUCUACUGGCAACGCACCUUUAAUUUAUCACACCGACAAUAACUUGAAUGCACACACAAAUGAGACACAAAACUUGAUUGCGAAUAACAACAGUAAUUUGCUUUGUGGCUUGGAAAACCUGGCCAAUGAUGAUGUUGUAACUUUGACUCUUGUACGAGUUCCACUUGACUCUGAAGGUAAACCACUGGACGAAAGCCCUGCAGUGGAAAAUAACAUGACAGUCAGAAUGGACACAUCGCAGCUGCAUGAUCCAGGUGGAGUUAAAGUUUCUCCAACUACUUCUGAAAGAGAUGUUGCUGGGAAGGAGUGCAAGUUACUUGAAAAUGGCAGUACUCCCUUGCAUCAAGGGCAGCCAAACAAUGCAAGUAACAUGCUUAUAACGCCGGUCGUUUCUCUGAGCAAUAGCCAUUAUUCACCAGAAAUGUUACCAGUUCAAGGGGCAGAACCUGAAGUUCCGAUCAAAGAUAGCAGCAGUUUGGACACAGCAAAUCAAGAAAACAAAAGCAGCAGAACAAAAGCAGGGAAUAGUGUACAGAUAACACAUAGUACUGUAGAACACUGGAGAGAAGCAACAGCAAAUUCCCAGGCUAGUUCUGCUUCUUCCCCAAGUAGUUAUUCUCACUCGGCCCCUAAAAACGGAACAAAGUCGUUCACAGGCAGUUGGGUAAAGGGUUUACUUGAAAGAUCUCAUCCUCUCAUGCCCAAAAGUUUAUUAACCUAUAAUAACACGGAGAUCUGUAAAAAGCCCAUUAAAAAAGAAACUCGCUGCACUUCACUUGGUAGACAGGCAAGCCACUUUCAUGGUUUUCAAGCAAAACAUUCAAAAAACCAAAGGGAUAAGUUAAUGGAGAGGGCAUUAGAUUCUUCUCACAAGGCUCCUCCUCUAUCCUCACCCACUCUUUUUGCAAGACCCCCUAUAGAAAAGCAUCACAUUGUUGGAAGCAAAAGUAAUGCGGUGGAGAGUGCUGGCUCACUGGUUGCUUUGGGUAACCAGAUUGGGCCUAAACCGAGCCACAAUAAAACUAAAAGCUUUACAUCGGCUGAGAAUGUUGAAGAGUCAAGCGUUACAAUAGCACACCGACUGCGCCUACAACUUCAACAGCAGCUGAAAGCUAAGAAGGAGAAACUGGCUUCGCUAGAUAAGGUGGCGAAGGCUCAGGUGCGAAACAGGCGCUCUCCCAAGAAAAGGAUGAAGGAUCAGUCACAGCUUCAAUCCCAGAAAGAAAGUGACUCCCUGCAGAGCUUGUUAAAUGCCCUGCAGGACCAAAUUGAUGUUGAAGAUAGUAAAUCUGUGAAUUCUCUAAGCACCAGUAUGUCCCAGUGUAGCAGUUCAAGUUUUGAUGACAUUUUAUCUGAGCUGCUGUCUCCCACUACAUCUGUUGCUUCCUUGGAACUUCCACAAGAAGAAGAAUGUGGAUAUGGUGCACAGGAAAUAAACCAUGACCAUAAUUAUCAUAGUCCAGUAAAGGAGAAUGGAUAUGAGGACCGUACAAACCUGUCACUUAAAUCAUCCCCCAAGAAACUCGACUUUGAAAGUCCAACAAAACAAUUUAGUCUAGAAGAACUGUUGCCUAGUUCAAUGCUGAAUUCAAUAAUGGCUGACACUCAAGACUUGCAUCACUUUGAUGAAACCCUCUUAGCAUGGUGAAUUGUGUUUUAACAAUUUCACAUGUUUCUGUUAGAUGGCUUUAAAGCAAAGCAUAACUUGUGUUCCAAGCUAAUUUUGCACAUGGUGGUUCUUUGGAUUUUUUAAAAUGUGAAAGUUUUUUUACUAUGAGGUUGGUUUAUUAUUAUUAAUAAUAAAUUAAGACAAAUGGGAACAGACAAGACUCUGGAUUUUGUGUCUGAAACAGAGGUGAUAACAGGUAGAUUUUUGACAAACAGUAAAAAGUUACUGAGGUAGAAUUACAUUCACACAAGAGAUGUCAAAGAAAAAUGCAUAAUUGCUGAGCCACAGAAAUCUGGUAAUAGAUCACAAAAAAGUAUAUAUGGCAUCAUGUUCAUAAGUGUGGCAGCACAGUUGCUGACAGAUGCUUGUCUCAAAACUCUCAUUGGCAUAGUCAGCUCUUUAAAAAAGAGCUGUUAGGUUUCUAUUUUUUUCCACAAUUAUGUGUGUUAAAUUAUUUUGUUUUGUACACUUGAAAGAAAAAAAUAUGUUCUCAAAAGAUACCUAAUGAAGCAAGUUUCAUCUAAACCAAUAAUGAAGAGAAUGUGACAUAAACAUACAUCUUUUCAGCCUGCUCUUUCUGAUUAAAUAAUAGUCCUUUGUGA